AUGGUGUUAACCAAGGGGUUCCUCAAGCUUGAUCUGAUUAGCAAGCCUCACUGUGAGAUGGCUUUGCAAGUGAUUGGUGGGAGAGCUUUUGGACAGCAGCUGGUUUCAUCAUGCCGGGUGUUGGCUCCUGUCUUGUUUGGUCACCCGGAGGAAAGAUUACAUGGGGUUUCUGAUAAGCUUCAUGCUGAAAAAAGGAAAUUUCCCAUGGACCCAAUUGCAGAACAUGGUACUGCUGUCCACAUCAGAGAGAAAAGCACCUCUGCAGAAGUUGCUCAAAACCAGAGUGUCACGAAGCACAAGCCAUAUAGCCCUUUUCAGAAAACAAGUGGCAUGGCAGAAUAUGCAGUGGCUCGGCUUGAUGACCUUUUCAAUUGGGGGAGGAAGGGAUCUAUAUGGCCCCUUACAUUUGGACUUGCAUGCUGUGCCGUGGAGAUGAUGCAUAUCGCUGCUCCCCGAUAUGACAUGGACAGAUUUGGCAUAGUGUUUCGAGCAUCUCCUCGCCAGGCAGACUGUAUCAUCGUUGCAGGGACCCUCACCAACAAAAUGGCUCCUGCUUUCAGGAAAGUAUAUGACCAGGUAAUGGUCUCCCCAGAUCCCAGUGCUAAUGAAUCCACUAGGACGUAUACAGUGCACAUCUCAAUCUUAAGACAACCUGCUGGCGAUGACAACGGAGGCACCAAGGGAGGCGAGAAUUCCUGCCAUUCCUUUCCCAAGUCCCGUUCCCCCGCCCGUAACGAAAGCGACUUUCGAAGCAAAAGUGCCCUUGGCCAGCAUCGCAUUUUUCUUGACUGGGAAGUGGUUCUCCAUCUUCAAGGAAAGUACCUUAUGUCACGAAUCGAUAUUAAACUGGCAGCAGCAGGUUCUCUCGCAUUGGAGAAGAGCUUAUGCGAGGCGCCACGAAACAACUUGCGAGGAAAAGUGCUGACCCUGUAUAGGACGAUCCUUCGAACUGGUCGUCAGUGGAAGGCCACUAAUCCAGCAGACACACGAGAGGAGCGUGACUUCAUAAUCCGAGAGGCGCAGGUGUUGUUUCGCCAGAACAAAUCCAUCCAAGAUGCCUCAGAAGUUACGCAGCGCAUCCAAGAGGCGGAAGCCAGAUUAGAAAUAGCUGUCCAUUAUAACAACCCAUAUCCACGACCAGUGAACCUACCCCCAUUGACAAUGGCAAAGCCAGGAUUCCAUGGAAAGGUAGAUGCUCGUCGAAAACGGCGUGCAACACCCAUCUACAUCAAAUCUUUGGACCCCAAUAGUAUCCCUUUCCCUGUGACCAUCAAGGAGUUUGGUGCUAUUGAUUACAUCGACUUUUGUCCCGUGUUCCCUCAUUAUUUUGCUGUGACAUGUUCUGCCAAGGUCAAUGUUUAUCACCCUGUUACACACAGAGUUCACAAGAAUCUUAGUCGCUUCAAGGAAACGGCAUAUGGGGGCUCAUUUCGAGCUGAUGGAAGACUCCUCUGUGCUGGGAGUGAGGAGGGUUUUGAUUAUGUUAGGGCUGGAGGCACAAGCCCAGUGUCACCCCACUUGAUCUCUUCAGGUUCCUAUGAUCAUAAUGUUCAUCUCUACGAUGUCAGGUCUCAAGAAGCAUCUCCCUUGACCACAUUUGAGCAUGGCUUCCCUGUGGAAGCUGUUCUCUUCCUUCCUUCUGGAGCUCUUCUUGCAUCUGCAGGUGGUCCAGUGGUCAAGGUCUGGGACCUGUCAGCUCAGAAGUGCCUGGCUACCCUGGUUCAACACCAUAAAACAGUAACCUGCCUGUCAUAUGCACCUUUGCAUGGACGACUCUGUUCGGGUUCACUGGAUCGACAUGUGAAGCUCUACGAUCUUACAAACUUCGCAGUUGUCCAUGACUUCACCUUUCCAUCUCCCGUGCUCAGCUUUGCUGUCUCACCAACAGAUGAUACUAUUGUGAGCGGUAGUGUGGAUGGCUUCAUUUCCAUCCAACAUCAUCAGCAGAAGGGACCAGCACUAAGUGAGAAGGAAGGGAAAACCCUGAAGCACAAAGAUCCAGUCCCUCCACCAGAUGCUCUUGUUAUCCCACAAAAAAUCACGAGGAAGGAGCCGGCAUAUGAGAAGUGCCUACGCAAGUUUGACUUCUCUCAGGCUCUUGAAAAAGUCUUAUUUAGACCAACCCUGAAGAAAAUUCAUCAGAACCCAGAGGAAGUUGUUGCAGUAUUUGUAGAGCUCCUCAGGCGUGAUGGGUUACGUGCAGCUGUUGCUGGCCACAGUGGUACAUCAUUGCACCGGCUCUUUGUCUUCAUUUGUAUUUAUAUGGGAGAUCCCCGCUUCACUCACCAUCUUGUGGAUGUUGCCAAUGUGGUCCUAGAUGUGUAUGGGCCUCACUGCCAGCUCUCUGAGUAUGAGGAGGGACUGAAGCACCUCGAAAGGUGUCUCACUCGACUGCUGAAUUUCACAAAAGAGUUGUUACAGACUCAAGGUGUCAUUCAGAUGUUGUGCUCUUCAUCAUCUCUUCGUGCCACAACCUCUACUGGAGACAAGCCUUGGCUCCCUCCUGAUGAGGGGGAACCUCAAGAAAUUGCAACAUGCAAAGUGAAAGCAAAAUCGACAUCCCUCCGUCAAAUGGUUGUGGAUGGCUUUGAACUGGACCAGAUCUGGGAGGAAUUGGAACUGAAGAACCAUGAAGUGCUGAGGGAUGUGCGGAAAAGAUUCAAGACUCUGCAGCAGUCUGGUGUGGAAGAAGAAAAGGGAGAGGAGAUGCUUUUCCAAGAAGAAGAGCAGGAGCAGAAAGAGGAAGCUGAGGACAGGUUACAUCCUGAUUCAGAAUCUGAAUACCCUGAUUUUCCUAGUGAUCAGUCAGAAGCAGGGAGUGCAAGUGAUGAGGAAACUCUGCCUUAUGUACCUGUGAAGUUUGAUCGAACUGAAGUGGAUGACCAGUUUUUCCAGUUACGGGAAAUGGAACAAUUCUUGGAUUCAGAAGAUCAAAAGGAGACAGGGGAAGGAAGAAAAGGAGAAGAAAUGAUAGAUUUAUUCCAAGGAGGAGAUUCAGACCAAGAUGUAGAAGAUGAAGAGGAGUAUGAGGAAAAGGGAGACACUAUGUACAGAGACUUUUUUGAUCCCCCAUCUGUUACAUCGGGAGAGAAGUCGGAGUUUGAGAAGGAGGAGGAACGGCUGAGAAAGAGGAUAGCUCGGCUAGAAGAGGAGAAUCUUGCUGAGAAGCCAUGGCAGUUGAAAGGGGAGACUUCUGCAUCAACAAGACCAGAGAAUGCUCUUCUUGAGGAGUACCUAACAUUUGACACCACCAUGAGACAAGCUCCUGUGAUGACUGAGGAAGUGACCCAAACCCUGGAACAGCUCAUCCUGCAAAGGGUGAAGGAUCGGGUAUGGGAUGAUGUGGUGCGGAAAGAGAAACCGGCUCAGGACCCAUUCUCUUUCAAGAAGAAACUUGUGUUGGACCAAGAAAAGAGCAAGCUCAGCCUUGCUAAGAUCUAUGAACAGGAGUACCUGAAAGCGCAGGAGGCAGAGAAGGAAGAGAAGGAAAAUCCAGAGCAUACAGAGAUCAGAAGGUGCAUGGAGUCCUUGUUCAGGAAACUCGACGCACUUUCCAAUUUCCACUACAUUCCCAAACCGAUCGAACCUGAGGUGAAAGUGGUCAGCAAUCUCCCAGCUAUCACAGUGGAAGAAGUGGCACCCACAUCUGUCAGCGAUGCCACUCUUCUUGCGCCUGAAGAAGUCAAAGCAAAGCAAAAGGGAGAGCUGAAGGUAGCAGAGGAGAAGACCAAAACAGACCGGAAGAGAGAGAGGAGAUGGAAGAAGCAGCAACAGAGGGAGAAGCGCAAGGACAGAGAACACAAGGCUCUGCUCAAAGCUGGGAAGGUACCUCGAAUCAAGGGCAAGAGGGAAAAGCAGAGGGUGAAAAAUACAAAGCUGACGUCGUCUUCGCACUUCUUCUCGCGCCUUCAGGAAGAGGUGACGUCCCACGUCCUCGGUCACAAGGGCGCGGCGAAGAAGAAGGCCCUUGCCGUGAGCCUUCCGAAGGGUGCUGCUCUCAAACUCUGAUGGUUCUUCAUUUUUGCGCAUUUUUGUUCUGUUAGGAAUAAAUUUGACUCAACGUG